UAAUUCGAAAUUCAUCGGCAGUCAUGAGGCGAGAAUUGGCUCUAUUUCUUGUUUGUUCAGUAUUUGCCACUGUUUUCGGAACAGAUUCAUCUCCAUCAUUCAAGAUUGACACUGUGAAUAGUCAAUUUUUACUUGAUGGAGAUCCUUUCACCUACAUUGCUGGAGAAAUACACUAUUUCCGAAUUCCGCAUCAAAAAUGGGAUGACCGUCUGAAGCGAGUGCGAGCGUUAGGAUUUAAUGCAAUCACCGUACCAGUUCCUUGGAAUCUUCAUCAAUUUUAUCAAGAUGAAACUCCUAUCCUUUCUGGAAAUUUGGAUUUGGUCAAAUUCAUAAAAGCUGCUGAAUCAAAUGGAUUGUAUACGAUUCUCAGAAUUGGGCCGUACAUUUCUGCUGAAUGGGAUAACGGCGGCCUUCCUUGGUGGCUCAUCAGGAAUACGAAAAUUGGAAAGUACCGGAGCAGUGACCCAUCAUUUAUGACGGAAGUAACUCAAUGGUGGAAACAUCUACUUCCAAAAAUCUACCCGCUCAUGAGAAAAAACGCCGGGCCCGUUCUCAUGGUUCAAAUUGAGCAUUUUUACGGUGCGCUCGGCAUUUGUGAUCAGCAAUAUCUUCUACAGCUUGCAAAUAUGGCGAAGGAGAAUUUAGGAAAUGAUGUUGUUCUUUUCACUGUCAAUCCACCAGUUCUUCAAUUUAUGAGAUGUGGAACACUUCCAAAUAUUCUACCAACUAUCGAAAUUGUGCCAAAUGCAAAUGCCGGGGAAAUUGAAAGUUGGUUCAGUAUGCAAAAAGCAUUCAUGCAAGGUGCGCCGGCAGUUGCUUCGCAGUUUCUUAUCAAUCCAUUCAAACUAUGGGGCAAAAAUGUUUCUGAUCCUUACCCAAAUAAUCUUAUUAUUCAAACGGCAAAAACCGCAUUUGCAUUGAAUGCUAGUUUAAGCUUUCAUAUGACUCACGGCGGCACAAAUUUCGGAUAUUGGAACGGAGCCGUCGAUCCUUACCCUGUCACCACGUCAUAUGACUCAUUUGCUCCUAUUUCUGAAGCUGGUGAUGUUAAUCCACUGUAUAUUUCCAUUAGAAAUUGGAUCAGCAACAUUCCUGGCUGGCAGAAUCCGCCGACUCCAAUUCCAGCUAACUUACCACGGACUGCGUAUCCUGACGUCCAACUCACAGUAUUUGACACAAUUUCUGGUUUCAUAAUUGGCGCAAAUCCCGAAUGCUGGAGCAGCCCAGAAACGCCUAGAACGGCUGAAUAUAUUCGUCAAGGAUAUGGAUACAUUUAUUAUAAUACUACCAUUAUUGAGUGCGGAUCCCUGUAUAUUCCAACUUUUGCUGACAAUGCGUAUAUUUUCUUGAAUCAAAACUUUGUGGGUGCCCUUUACAAACAAUUUGGCUCAAUUCACAAUAACACCAUAGAUGUUCAAGGAUGUUUGGACCAGUUCAACUCAUUGGAAAUCAUAAUUGAAAUAACUGGUAGAGACCAUAACAACUACCCUGUUAUGUCAAGAGGAAUUCAAGGAAAUGUCUACAUGCGUAACAUAACUCUCGAGAAUUGGGAGAGCUGUGAAGUUCCAAUUGAAACAUACGAAAUUAGUUUGGUGAAAAAUUACGAGAGUCUGAAGCAACAUGUUUUCGAAACAAUUGACUUUGAAAAAUCUCAAUCGGCAGCAAUAGAGCAACCGUCGGUGUUCAUUGGAAAUUUAAUAAUCAAAACAGCUCCAGCUGACACUUUUCUAGACACAAGAGGUUGGGGAAAAGGCGUUGUGACUAUCAAUCAGUACAACAUUGGACGAUAUUGGGCUUCUAUUGGACCACAGCAAACUCUUUAUAUUCCAUCGGAAUUCCUUCACAAAGGGGAAAAUCUCAUCAUGUUUUACGAAUUUGAAGGCGCCACAACAGCCUGUACAGCAACUGCUUGUACAGCAAAAUUCACAAAUAUCCCGGUGUUUGAUUAUUGAGAUCGUUUAUUGAAUACUUAUAAAUGUAAUUUAAUAGUCUA